AUGGAUCAAGUUCAAAUUUUAUCAGCUGUUUGUAAGAAAUUAAAUAGUGAUAUUGAAGCGUUAGGAAAUCAAACAUCUAUGCGUGAAUCUGCAGUAGUAAAAUUAACUACAAGCCAACAAGCAUUUGAUGAUCAAUUACGUCAAUUAAAUACGGAUUUGCAAAUAAAACUCUCUCGAACAGAUACUAUUGUACAAAAAUUACAAUCUGAUGUUGAACAAAUGUCACAUGGUCUUCGUGAUGUAAUAAAUAGUCAACAGGAUACAAAUCGAUCAAGUCAACAACGUUAUCAAGAGAUAAAAGUUGAAAUUUCAACAUUAAGUCAACGUGUUGAUCGAAUGUUUAAUGAACAACAAAUGGUUUUACGUACAUUUGAAACUGAUACAGCACGAGCUUUAUCUACAGCUGAUUCACGUUCACAUGCAUUUGUUGAUGAAUUACGCAAUCAAAUAAUGCAAAGUAAAGCACAAGAAGAUGCCGAACGCGAACGCGCCGAACAAAAAAUGAAUCAAAAACUUGAUGAAAUCAAACGAUCAUUAGAGAAAUAUGAACGAUUAGAUAAAAAAAUUGAUGAAUCAGUACAUCAAUUUGAAAGAAAAUCCGCAUCACUCGAAGAUCAUUGUCGACGAGCAAUAUCUGAUUUAACACGAAAUAAUGAAUCGGUUGAAAGUACUGUUUAUAAAAGAUUUGAUGAAAAAUAUCAAAAAACGAUGGCUAAUUUAGAAAAAGUUAAAAAAGAAAUGCGUACUUGUUUUGAAUCACUCGAAGGUUCUGUUCAAACAUUACAGCGUAUAACCGAUGGACGAAUUAAGGUAACAGAAGAAAAAUUAGAUAAGGAAAUCGAAAAACUUCGAAGCAUGACCGUUCUUAUUUAA